UUAAAACGUAUGUAAAUGUAUUGUUUUAACUCUUCAAACAUUUGUUUAGUUAUAAUCUUGUGAUAAAAUAAAUCUAAGAUAACAAUCUUAUAAUUUUGAUUAAAUUUAAUUUUAUUGUACCCAAUAAAAAAUCAUAACAAUUACAAAUUUCACAACGUGCUACAAUAUAAAUCAUAUUUUAUAACCCAACCACUGCGAUAAAGUUACAAAAGUGAAUUAACUGUUUAAAAAUAAAAUAAACAGCUACAGAAUAAAGGACUAUAACUCAAGAAAUUGUACGUCAACAGAUUGUCAUUCUCUACUGUAUCAACAACAUAAAUCAAGCGUUUUUAUUGCCAAAUAAAUUCGUGCGCAACAGUUUGAUAAAUCUUUACAAAGACACAAAAAAACCAACCAAAAUUAAAAGUCAUUUAGCUGUCAAUUGCUGUUUUUAUUUCUGUUUUAAUUAUACAAAUUAUUUUGUUAAUUAUGUCAGUAUGUUUUUGUUAAAAGGAAAUCAAAAUAAACAAAAUAUUCCAUUUGGCAACUUCAUGUUGGUACCAACAAUUCGAAAAUGCAUUCAUACUCGCUGCCAGAGUCGAGUAACCGGUUUUGUGAAUGCUCUACUCUUGGUGGGAUUAUUGCUGGCUCAGCAGCCGCUGCAGACUGGCGGUCAAAGCACAACGUCAAACAUUUUGUCGUUACUUAAUAAAACAGAAAAAAGCCCCGCAGAACAUUGUGUCGUUGAAAUAAACAGCAUAACAGAAUUCAAAACCAUAGGAUCAAUAUGGAUUUCACCACAAGAUGCCUGUGCCCUGCACUCUUGUGAGUUGAACAAACAAGGUGAACCACAAGAAGUGAUAAGGAAGGAUAACUGUGGAGAUUUCUACUGUGAUAUAGAUUCAGAAGUACGGCCCAAAGAGGGUUCCUGUUGUGGAGAGUGUGUGCGUACCAAAUGCCGUUUUAAAGAUCAAGUUUACAAUGUGGGACAGACUUGGCAUAACGCAGAUGACUGCACUUUAAACGAAUGUGCUCUGCUGCCGAAUGGACAACCCAUGAUAAAUUCAUAUAAAAAAUCCUGCCCGCCCUUAAACAAAAACUGUCCACCUGAAUUAAUUUAUACUGAUAGCUGUUGCCAAUAUUGCAAUUCCUCUACAAUGGCAAGAAAUUCAUAUCGCAGUGACGAUGUCAAUAUUGAAACUGAUGAUAUAUGGACAGAGGAGUUUUAUACUAAGCAUCCCUGCAAUAGAGAUUGUCAAGCUAAAGAGCUGCCACAACGUUGUUUCUAUACAUUUGUGGUGGAAUGGUAUGAGACAUUAUCGAAAGCUUGCUAUGAUUGUCCCAAUAAUAUAACCGAUUGUGAACGGCCUCAUUGUAUAACAGGAGAUGGUAUAACCCGUUCCAUAACUGUAGUUAAUCGUAUGAUGCCUGGUCCCACCAUUGAGGUUUGUCAAAAUGAUAUAAUAGUAGUCGAUGUGAAAAAUCAUUUAUUGGGUGAAAGUACCACCAUACAUUGGCAUGGUAUGCAUAUGAAAGAGAACCCUUAUAUGGAUGGAGUGCCUCAUAUCACCCAGUGUCCCAUAUCUCCACAUUCCACUUUUCGCUACACCUUUAAGGCAGAGAAUUCCGGUACACAUUUUUGGCAUUCUCAUACGGGCAUGCAGAGAGGAGAUGGUGUAUUUGGGGCUUUAAUUGUGAAGAAGCCUAAAGUGGAAGAACCUCAUGGGCAUUUGUAUGAUUUUGAUUUGACCGAGCACAAAAUGAUAGUACAAGAUUGGGUACAUGUUCCCGGCAUUAGUAUGUUUGCUUCUCAUCAUCAUUCGAAUGGUGAUAAUAAACCCUUAAAUUUACUGAUUAAUGGCAAAGGACGCUUCUAUAAAGCAAUUUGGGAAAAAAUCAAAAAUGAAGAGAAACCUCAGGCCAGAUCAAAUAUGCCAGAUGAAGAAACAGAUUCAACAACAAGCAGUACUACCAGUGCAAUAAGUGCCUCAAAGCCCACUCCAUAUACCGGUUUGGUUUAUAGCGAAAAAUCUUCCACUACUUAUCCAAACAAUGAAGCAACUCCCCCAACUACGGAAGAUCAAGAUGAUGUAGUAUUUUUACAUCCUUUGGAUGACUCUAAUCUAAGCAAUAUGCGCAUACAACAAAAUGAGAUUUCCCGAUUAGCCAGACUUGCUCAGUUGGAUCAGUAUAGAAAAAACUCUCCAAGUGUAGAGGAAACUACAUUGGAAACUACUGAAGCAACAGAGCCAGAAGACACUUACCUAAAAUCCGAUGAGAUAUUAGCCGACGCUAUAGAUUUGGAUAGAACUAAACGUUCAUUGGACGGAGAUGUUCCCUUGCAUUUUAUACCUCUCCAGACUUAUAAUGUCAAACGAGGAUUCCGUUAUCGUUUCCGCAUAAUAAAUGCCGAGUUUCUUAAUUGUCCGAUUAAGAUUUCCAUAGAUAAUCACACCUUAACUGCCUUUAAUUCCGAUGGUUUUGAUUUUGAGGCUGUUGAUGUUGGCUCCAUUGUUACCUAUGCCGGGGAACGUUUUGACUUUGUGGUAAAUGCUGAUCAACCUAUAGGAAACUAUUGGAUACGUUUGAAAGGUUUAAUGGAUUGUGAUGAAAGAUUUACUUCUGCCUUCCAAGUGGCCAUAUUGCAUUAUGAUGGAGCUAAAGAUGAAGAACCAACCGACGAUUUGGGCUAUCAUCAUGAACCAACCGGUAUUGAAUUGAAUGCCAUGAAUCAAGGACCCGGCCAUGUCGAUUCCUUAACUAUAGCCGAAAUAAAUGCUUUACCCAUUUAUGACAAAAUACCGGGCAUAGAUCGGGAUGCUUUAAAACCAGUUGCUGAUUAUAAAUUCUUUGUUUACUAUGACUUUUAUCGCAAGGAUAAUCCCGAAUUUCAUCCUAAUCAAUAUUAUGGCAUGGAAGCCAAUAUCACCAAUUCAAAUAGAGUAUUUACACCACAACUUAAUCAUAUAUCCUUGAAAUUCCCCUCUGUGGCUUUACUGCCAGCACGUGAUCAAGUGGAUGAUUCUUUGUUUUGCAACGACACAAGUUUGGAGCAACAGGGCAUAGACUGUCGCAAGGAGUUUUGUAAAUGUCAUCAUGUGCUACAAGUGCCUUUAAACUCCAUAGUAGAACUGAUUGUUAUAGAUGAAGGCUUUACGUAUGAUGCCAAUCAUCCCUUCCAUUUGCAUGGUAAUGCUUUUCGAGUGGUAGGCUUGGAAAGAUUGGGUGCUAAUGUAACGGUGGAAAUGAUUAAACAACUUGACCGCUACAAUCUUCUUAAACGUAAUCUAGUCAGACCUCCAGUCAAGGACACGGUCACCAUACCCGAUGGUGGUUACACCAUCAUACGUUUCGAAGCCCAUAAUCCCGGUUUUUGGCUAUUCCAUUGUCACAUAGAAUUUCAUGCUGAAAUUGGCAUGGCCUUAGUCCUAAAGGUGGGUGACAAUGAUGAAAUGGUACCAGUUCCUAAAAAUUUCCCCACUUGCCAUGACUAUAUGCCUGCAGAUGAUGAUCAUAACGAAAGUGGUGAACAAAACCCAAAUGAUAUGUCUACAUCUUCUCCUUUGGAAGAUGGAAACAACUCAGCGGCAAGAGACCAUUACAGCUAUGCUAUAAUUGCUAGUAUUUUUGUGACAUUGUUAAACGUAUUUAGAUUAUUUUAAGCUGAUAAAAAAAAGAGUCUAAUUUUUUGUAUUUCCAUAAUUGGUAAAAACUGUGAUUUUCUAUAUAUUGUUAAUUUAUUAUUGUUAAGUUUUAACUAAGUUAAUUUAGGUUUUUAAUGAGAAUGAUGAAUAAAUAAAGAGUAUUUUCAUAAAAAAAA